AAGAGGCAAAAAUGAGGGCUUUUUUUUUGGUGAGUCUUGUUCCAAAAUUUUGAACGAAUUUCCCUUUUCUUUUUCACCUUCUUUUUUCACUUUUCUCUUUUCUCUCUGUUUUUAAACUAAUUGUUGGACCUAUUUUCAAGCUCGUCUUUGUUUUGUUGUGCAUUCGAGUGUGAUUCAAACCAGCAUCAUGUCGGAUGAGGCCGACGGAUUUCAUCGGAAAGCUUCAUUAACGGAUUCGCAAUGCAGUGUUGCUUCAGAGAAGAAAAGAUUUUCUCGUUUAACUCACUACUUUUCCUUCAUUGGUAAAAUGAAACGGUCCAAGAGCAAACAACCGCUCGUCCCGUCCACCGCGCCACUGACGACGCAAGUGCCACCGCAACCGAGUAUCACCGGUACCACCCAACGCCGCCACAGUGGUAUCACACAAUGGACCUCAGCGUCUGAACCAUCGUCUUUGCCUGGACGUGCUCGUCCAUUUACUUAUUGUGUCCAUCGAUCAAAGUUGACGCAGGGUGCCAAGAAAUCCAAGCAAGACGAUGAGGAAGAGGAGGUGGAGGAGGAGCAAGACGCUAUUGUAGAACAUGAUUUAUCGAAUGAUCAUGAGCAUCGUGUUGCUACUGCUACUCCUGCUGUUGUACCUGUCAAAAUAUCGUCUUCAUUGUCCCCCCCUCCACGUCGUGCCAAACCUAAAAAGAGUUUAGAAGGCUGGGACGACAUGUCAAAUCCACGUAUCACCAAUCAGCCUCCAUUGGCGCUCCGACUGUCAUUGGACAUUGAACAAACGUAUGGCUUGGCUCGAAACCCAUCAUCGUCGUUUUCCAUCGCAGGUCAUAUCAAGGGCGACGGUGAAUCGGAUGAUCAAGUCAGUAUUCAUACCACUGCCACUGCGCGACCUGUUCUUGUUGCUGCUGGCUUGUCGAGCAUAUCGGAGUCUUUCCGAAAUGGGACAUCGGAUCACCUGAAAGCCAAUCAAUCGGCUGCAGGAUCUCCUGACUCGUCCACAACCACAACAACAACAACAAUAUCAGCAGCAGGAGCGACACCCAUUAUUACUACUACCACCACCACCACCAUACCCAGUUCACCCACAGGUAGUCGACCGAUGUCAUUGAUUGAACGACGACGUCGACGUAGUCCCCAUAUUCCUGAUGAUGAUGCACUGUUAUUGGCUUUACGAACCGCUUUCAGUUCAUCUUCCAUGAUUCCUCCUAAUGAUACCAAUAAUUACCACCAUCCCCAUGAAACUGCCCCUAAUCCAGUUCCAUAUGCGGUACAAGUACAAGAAACCACCACGUUUUCAUCCACUUACCAAUCACGACAGGAAGCUAUGAAAGCACUGGAAGGCCAAUCCAAUCCGCCGCGGUCAAGGACAAUGACCCCCAUCGCAAGUGUGCAAGAAUUAGAUCAACAGCUGGGCCUGGAUAUCGUUGGCGAAGAAAAAGCACACUAUGAUGCAGUGGUUGCGCGUACCAUGAUGGGUCGUCGAUCUUGCUCGCAGUUGGAAGAACCGCGACAUCGUGUACGUGGUGAUGGAUCGGAUCCUACCAUGCUGUCGUCUCCUUUUCAUUCACUUAAAACCCGUACUCCUUCCCUGGUCAAUUUCCCAUCCUCGCCAAGUUCAUUGGUUUCACAUUUUGAUCAUGAUGAUCCGCCUGUGCAACCAAUGAUGAAUACCUUGCAUUCUCAUCCAUUCAGCUAGUAUACCUUGGAAAAAAAAUUCUCUCCCCUUUGAUAGAUCGUCCGGCACACUAUCAGUCUAUUUAUCUUUUUACCUUUUUCGUUCAUCUAGCGAAAUUUACAUUCUCUUCUUGUCAUUACAAUAUUUUCUCUUUUGUUGGUUUUUUAUUUUCACCAUCAUUUUACAUAAAAAGCAGAAACCCAAUAAAGUAUUGUG